AGUUUUCUGCAGCGACAUUAGCGGCACCUACAUGUACAUAAUCUAUAGAAGAACUAGUGUGGCUGAAUUGCUGAACUAUAGUACUCAUUCAGGCUCUUUUAUUGUGCUCAGUACUAGUACUUGCGUUCGUACGUAUCUUAGGCGAGUUCUGUACGGGAAUUUGUGAGGAACGUGAUAAUUGAGAAUUUCAUCAUUGAUCCACUGGCUGGCGUCUCAAGUGUCAUGGAUUUUAAUGUAAAAAAAUUGGUUCGAGAUGCUGGAACUGCCCUUAGUCGUGUUGUUCAGUUAACAGAAGAAAAACUUGGGACAUCAGAGAAAACAGAACUAGACGCUCAUUUUGAAAAUUUGGCAGAAAGGUCUGAUACUACCAAAUUAUGGACAGAAAAAAUUUUGAGAGAUACAGAGGCUGUGCUGACACCAAAUCCAGGGAACAGAGUGGAGGAUUUUCUGUUUGAGAAGAUAGAAAAAAAACGUCCAAAUAGACUAAGUAAUUUAGAAUAUUUAGGACUAGAUAUGAUGGAAGCUGGAAACGAUUUUGGUCCUGGUACUUCUUAUGGAAAUGCUUUGAUAAAAGUUGGUCAAUGUCAACAAAGACUUGGUCAAACAGAACGGGACUUCAUUACAGCUGCAAACCAUUGUUACAUAAUACCUUUAAGGAAGUUUCUGGAUGGAGAAAUGAAGACUAUUAUCAAAGAGAGAAGUUUGCUUGAGAGCAAAAGGUUAGAUUUGGAUGCAUGUAAGAACAGAUUACGAAAGGCAAGAAGCAUGCAAGGUCAGCAGAAUGCUGAGAAAGAUUUGCGAGUGGCACAGUCAGAGUUUGAUCGCCAAGCUGAAAUUACAAAAUUGCUUCUUGAAGGAAUUAGCAGUUCUCAUGCCAGUCAUUUACGUUGUUUACAAGAAUUUGCUGAAACUCAAGUUCGAUAUCAUGCUCAAUGUCACCAAAUUAUGCAAGAUUUGCAACGGGAACUUGGCAGCAGUACUCAGUCUGCCUGUGACUCUGCUUCUGCCCCCGCCCCUAUGUUACGUGUUAACAGCGAGGAAGUGGACCUCACCACUCCUAUCAUGUCCCCUGUCCAAGACUUGCAUCUUUCCUUGACGACGCCUGGAGCCGCUCCUUACCAGCCUCUUGUCCCUCAAUCAACUGACAGUGGGACAACUGUACAGAAUGGUCUUCAGAGAGCUCGUGUGCUAUGUGAUUAUGAUGCUAAAGAUGCUACAGAACUCAGUUUGAUGGUUGACGAGGUUAUUCUUGUUCAUGAAAUCUCUGAAGAUGAACAAGAUUACCUUAUGGGGGAAAGAGGAAACCAGAAAGGCAAAGUACCCAAAGCAUUUCUUGAAAUGCUUGCUUUUUGAAGUGCACUUUACAAAUUACUCAUCUGAACGUCUUCAUUGUUACAUUACACAGAUUGAUGACAAUAGUCAUGUUAUAGUAGUGGGUAGUAGAUAUAAUAUUCGUGAAAACUCUUUUAUCAUUGAUUUAUUGCCACUAAAUGUGGUAAAAUAUAUUGACUUUCGAGUUUUAAUUUUUGAAAGUUAAUUCACAAAACGUUCCAAUAGUAUUUAACUCACAGUAAUUGAACUUUCCAUUCAAAAGUUUUGAAUGGAGUAAGGAAGGUCUCUGUUAUUGCUAACAUACUGAAGAAAAUUGAGGAAAUGUGCUGUAAAGCAAUAAAUUAUCUAACAUAACCAUGCAUUCAUAGUUUGAUGCAUAUAAUAGAAUAUUAUUUUGUACUUGUAAAGCAAAUGGAAAUUUGCCUCAAAUUUCUUCGAAAAGAGUGUAGUUUUAUUUUCUCUUCUAUAAAAUAUGGUUCAUUAUGAGAAUCUUUAUGAACAGUGAUAAAAUUAAUUGAAGAUAUGACUGUAGAUCCCAUAAAACUUUCACCUUCAUUCCUGGGUACAGCUGUCUUGCCAAAAACCAUUUUCUGUUAAUAUUUUGUUGCAAGGAUGUGUGUGCACAGUUACUUGGAUAUUUUGUAUGUUGCACUUCAGUUUUGAGGGUCCAUUAUUUGAUCUUAUUCUGUGUUAAAUAUUCUACUAAUUGGAAUGUGAUUGCCUGAUCUUUCAUUUUCGGUGAUAUUGAACAAGAACUUGUAAUAAUAUUUAUCAUUGUGGUUUUCUUUGGUCAAUAAUUGAUUUUUUUUGCUAUAAUGAUACAAUUGUAACAAUGUUCCCAGCUGAAGCACAUUUGUAAGCGAGAGUUGUACAAUGUGACUAAAGCAGUUACAUAGAAUCUAUUAACCUAGGAAUGCUGUACCUCUUGCUAAAUAGAGGGAGAAAGGUUAGAUAAUUUGUGAGGACAUCCAGAAUUUCUUUUCAGUUUAUCUUGUAUUUUGUAUGCAAUGAAAUACUGAAAGUGAUUGCAAUCUCUGGGGUUAUUCCUCAGUUAGAAUUUAUCUUAUUCUUCAACAUUAUAAAAACGAAAUGUAUGAAAAAUGCAGAAAUGAAAUUUGUAAAGUUUUGAAUCCCUUAUGAAAUCAACAAACUUUCUUAUAAGUAGGAACUUUAAGCAAUACUAGCAUACAUCAAACUCAACCUUGUGUUAUUGCGCAGUUUGUGUUGCACUUGGCAAAGACGCUCAAAACCCGUGAAGAGUGGUAGAAAUAUUGCUGUUGAUUGCUGUAUGGUACUCUGUGCUUAAAGUUCCUAAGAAACUAUAUUGAUGAAUUGGAAAUUCAGUAUUUCUUUGCUGAUACUAUGCACCUUUAUUUAAGAUAAUGUAAGAGUGAAAAAAAAAAAAAAAGCCACAAAUUGUGCAGAUCAAUGCAAGGUUGUAUAUUUUAAUUGCAUUAUUAGACGAAUUAGAGUGCUAGUCGUUCAGAAAUGAUGACGGAUUCAUGAUAUAUUGUGAAGUGGUUUAUAUUUACAUUUAUAUGGAGAUUUUUUCAUGAAGACAUUCAAUAUAUCUAUUUAUUAUUAAUUUUAUAAAUAUAAAUAUUUUUGUUUUUUAAUUUUUGUAUGUAUUUGAAUAGUUGACCUUUUUGUAAUACAUUCAUUUCUUUGUUGUUGUUUUUUUUUUUUUUAAUGAAUUCCUGAUAGAUUGUAAAUAAAGAGUUUAUAUUUGAUGUAGGGUUGUAGUUCAUAUUGAAACAUGGUAUGUGUGGAUGAUGAGUAGGUUGUAAUAAUUGAAUAGGCAUAAAUGACUUGUGAUACUUAUCCUUAUGACUAGUUACAUUUUAUGACAGGUUGAUAUUAACUGAUAUUUUCCUUCAUAGAGGAAAUAUGUGACUAGAAAUUUUAGUUAAAUAUAUUUCUGAGCACUUUGGAAAUCUUUCAGUCAACAAAAAGCUUUUUGAUGUUGACAAAGUUAGUUAUGCCAUUUAAAAUUUGUAAGGAAUGACAUUUAAUAAUAUUUUUUACUGGUGCUUGUCUUCAUUUACUAGUUUUUUCUGAUAUUUCACUCAUAAAAUGUAUUUUUACUUUUGUUAUUAUAUUCUUUUGUAUUUUGAAUGUGUGUGUUCAUCAGUUUUCAAUUGGUAAUCUGUUUAUUAAAUUUAUCUUUUAAGGUUGUAUUGAGCAGCUAUAAUUUCCAUGCACACAUUUUAUAUUGUUAGAUUAAAAAAAUUGUUUAUCUAUUAUUAGCACAAGGUUCAAAAGAAAUAUUUUAAUGUUACACUUCUUUUUUUCCUGUUCUGAAUUAUUUUAAUUCUAGUUCCACUGUUUCAGCUGUUAGAUAUAGUUCCAAGGAUGCUUCUGUGAUUUGGGUAAAUCACAGGAAGCUGUAACUUCCUGAGAUGCUACAUUGUAUGAUCACAGGAAGUUCACUGAUAGCUUAUUGCCUCUGUGAUGUAUCUUAAUGCAGUGUGGGGUCUUGUGUAUAUGCAUAAUGGCACAUUUAGGGUUUCUCUUGAAAGUUGUUUUACUGUCCUGUGGUUUUCCAACUGUUAUUGGAGGAACAGUGGAAUUUUUAUCAUUUGUAAAUUGUUCUUAUAAAGGUUGGUCAUGUAUUCAUCAACCAAAUAAUUUUAUUGAUUUACUAUACCAAUGUUUUGAGGAUACAAGCUGGGUAAGUGUGAAAGUACUGUAUGUGUGUUUUUUAUUUGUAAUUUUUAUCAUUUUAUUUUUUACAGUGUUAUAUUUAUUAUUGUAGCAUGUUGUUAUUGGAGAAACACCAUUGAAUCUUCCACAAAAAAUGAAAAGCCUGACAAUACAAAAUUGUAAAAAUGUUCAAUUGUCUUUUACAUUUAAUUUCACAACUGAUGGUUCCAUCUCCACAACUCUUGCUCUCAAGAAUAUAGUGAAUGUUACCCUAUUGCCAAGUCUUGAAGAAGUGAUAUUGCCUAGACGACUGAUCUUGGAACAUAUUUGUCUUAUUAAAUCCAUAAGAAGUUACUCAUUCUCAAAAAUUUGGGGAUCAAUAGUUUUGCACAAUAUAACAAUAGAUCACCUGGAAACUGACAGUUUCAUUCAUUUAGUUAUUGAGGAAAGUAUGAAAUGGGAUAAUGUACGGAUCAAAGUUCUUGAUACAAAUGCUCUCAAUGAUAUUGGAGCUUCAGAAUUUACAAUUUCUAAUUCAUAUAUAGGAAUUUUUGAGCUACUGAGUUUCCAAGUUAGAAGUAAAAAGGUGAUAAUAGAAAACAGUAGAAUUGAUGACAUACGUUUUAAUGCCAUAAUUGUUUUGGCUGAUGUGUUCCAUCUUGUGAAUAAUACUGGAUUUAAUGUAGUAAUGCCAAAUGCAUUUAAUAUUCUUGCUCGUGAAGUCAUAAUAAAUGAAAACAAUUUCACAUAUCUGCAGACAGAAGCAUUGGAGCGGAUAGGUCCAACACUGAUGGAAGAAGACUUGGGGGAUAAAGUGAUAUAUUCUUUUCAAAACAAUUAUAUUGGGAUUGCAGAUAUUGGAUCUCUACAUGUUAGUUUAUUGGACUACAUACAAAGUGGGGCUGUGAUGCUCAUAGGAAAUAACACUUUCUCAUGUUCUUGCACACACUUAGGAUGGUUGGGCUUACCAGCCCCUCGUGAUCAUCAUUAUAAAGAGUUGUACGAGUUUCAUGAAAGACUUCUUUCUUCAGAAGAGAACAACACUUGCAGUGGGGUUCCAUGUUUCUUGCCAAUCAGUAUCUUGCGAGAUCUAGUAAAAGUUCAGACAGUUUGUGCCGUUAAUCUUACAGGAGCAGAAUUAUGUGCCAUGUUUCCACCCGCAACUUCAACACCAGGCAUUGCCAGUGCAUCUGAACUUUCACCUUCUAGAAUACUAACUGUCUUGGUUUCUACAUGUAUAUUUUUCUGGUUAGUGUGAUAAAAUUUAAAUUAUUUAAAUUUGAUUUAUUCAGUGAAAAGUUUAUGUAGGUUAGAUGUGAAGUUUGAAAAAAGCUACUGAAUAGGAUACUCCUUCUGUGUUCAAAUGGUUGUAAAUCAAAUAAACAUACCUAUUGGAUGUUCAGUAUUGCUCAUAGAGGGAGAUUUAUUUAUUUUAUUGUGUAACAAUGUUUUGGGCAUGUACUGUACUCCUAGAAUUAAUUGAAAAUGAGCAGUUAUUUAUUGGCUUGUUCUUCUGAAGAAGUAAGACUCAAUUUUAAUGGUUAUACAAUUAUUUGUCUUGAAUAAAUAAUUUUUGAAAUUGUUAAUUUGUUCGGAAUACUCAUUGAAAUUGCUUAAUAUACCAAUUUACCAUGAUGGUUGUACUCGAUUAUAAGAACAUUUUUGUAUUUUUCACCACACUGGACACUUUCAGUGGUUUUGUAAUUUUUCCUUCUCUUGAAUAUAUUAUCUCGUAAUUACUAACUGCAUAAUUUUAGAAAAAUACUCCAAAACAAGUUAAACUUUGA